UAUUUUAUAACUUCAGUUCAGAAUGCGUCAGUCCAAUCUUUGCCAUUUGUGACUAGACCUAUGUUCGCACAGUUGCCCUAAAUGUCUCAGUCCUUACACAGGGCAGGCUUUCACACAGUCCUGGAGCUCCACCCUCUCCAAAGACUUUCGGAGAUUCUCCAAAACCGAGUUCUACCUCACAGGCCUACAGUCUCCAAGAUGUGGAUCUCCCUGUCCCUGAUCUCAAUCCUCUUCACUGCUCAUUUCACCUUGUGUGACACUCAAAUCAAUGGGAUAUUUGAGCCAUACGAUCUGCUUUUUGAUAAUGCGGUGGAGGCGUAUUAUAAGCAGGACUGGCUGGCUGUGAUCCUGAACAUGGAGAGAGCUUUGCGGAAUAAAGCAGCGCUGCGUAAAAUCCAGACGCACUGCCGCUUAUCCUGCGCGAAUCACACCGCUUUCGGGGAUCCUUUCCCAGGUGUGGCUGUCCCGAUCCCAGGAUCCGGGGCCGUGGAGGAUUUAGCGUUUUUCCAGAGGAUCCUCAAACGGGCCGAUUGUGUGAAUGCAUGUGAAAGCGAGAAACUGGGACCAUCGACACUUCAUAAAGUUAGUGAGGCUAUAGAGCUGGAGUUCAAGAAAAGGACGCCUUACAAUUACCUGCAAGUGGCUUACUUUAAGAUAAACAAGCUUGACAAGGCAGUGGCAGCAGCAAAUACAUUUUUCAUGGCAAACCCCGACCAUGUAGAGAUGAAACAGAAUUUAGAGUACUACGGGAUGAUGGCUGGGGUGCAACAGACAGAUUUCAAGGACCUGGAGGAGAGACCGCACAUGGCUGAAUUUUUGGAGGGCAAGAUUCAUUACAGUGCAGAAGAUUUUGCCCCAGCCAUCGAGCACUUUGAAGCCGCUGUCGAAGAAUAUUUCAGUGCUUAUGAAGAAUGCAGAGUUCUCUGCGAGGGAUCGUUCAAUUAUGACGGUUACAACUACAUGGAGUACAACGCCGAUCUCUUCCAGUCUAUGACAGAUCAUUACCUUCAUGCUCUGAACUGCAAACAGAACUGCGCUGUGGAUCUGGCAUCCACCGCUGGAAGAGAGAAGCCUUUUGAAGAUUUCCUCCCAUCGCAUUUUAACUACCUUCAGUUCUCAUAUUAUAACAGUGAGAAAUACGAGCAGGCCAUUGAGUGUGCUAAAACAUACCUGCUCUUCUACCCUGAGGAUGCAGUCAUGGCUCAGAACCUGGCGUACUACUCCGCUGUUCUGGGAGAAAACAAGGCCGUCAACAUUACAGCCAGAGAGGUUGUUAAGCAGCAUAUUAAGAGGUCUUUGUUGGAAAAAGAGCUUCUUUACUUUGGCUUUGAGAUGUUUGGUAAAACUUUUGUUGAUCCAGACACAUGGACCCCUGAGGACAUCAUGCCCAAGAAACUAAGAGACAAACAAAAGGCGGACAAAGAAACAGCCGCGAGGAUUACAGAGGAGAUCAGUAACCUGAUGAAGGAGAUCGAGACACUUGUGGAAGAAAAGACUAAAGAAUCCUCAGACCUGGCCAAGAUUGCAAAAGAUGAUAUCAAUCCAGCCUCUACUCCAGAAACUGCCAACAAAGGUCCGUUUGAUGGCAUCGCGAUAACCUUGACAUCCUCAGCCCUGAACGGUUCACAGAGGGUAGUGCUGGAUGGCGUAACCACAUCCGAUGAGUGUCAGGAACUUCAUCGCCUCUCCAGUGCAGCAGCUAUUCAAGAUGGUUUUAAAGCAACACCCUCCCCUCAUUCAGCGAGUGAGAUGUUUCAGGAUAUUAUGGUUCUCAAAGCUCUGCAGGAGGGUCUGGUUCCCUUGAAGAGCGCACAAUUGUUUUCUGACCUCAGUGAGAAGAUUCGUAAGGUUCUGGAAUCCUACUUUGGUCUGGAAUCGCCCCUAUAUUUCUCCAGCUCAAACCUGGUCUGCCGAUCUGCCAUCGAGAAACAAGAAGAGCGCACAGACUGUCUGCUUAUCUCAGAGCUCAACAGCUGUAUCAAAGAGCUGUCAGCAUACAACGAUCAAGGCUACAGUGCCAUUUUGUACCUCAAUGACGACUUUGAAGGGGGAGAUUUUACCUUCACUGAGUCGGAUGCCAAAACUGUCUCUGCAGUGGUGAAGCCUCAGUGUGGUAGAGUCGUGGGAUUCAGAGCUGGACAGGAGAACCUUCACGGAGUGACCGCAGUAACCAAAGGCCAGAGGUGUGCUGUGGUGCUUCAUUUCACUCUGGAUCCUCAUCACAAUGAGAAGGAGCGUUUAAAAGUUGAAGAACUUCUGAAAAAGCUUUCCAGCCCGGUUGAAGCUGAUGUCCAGAAAACAGAAACGGACAGUAACACGAAACCCUCUGAACAUGAAGGAACAGUUUCUGCUAAAACAACAGAAAAAGACACAGUAAAGACAAGCACAUCUACAGAACAACCCAGCAAAGCUACUGAGGAUAACAAAACUGACAGCAAAGUGGUGAAGAAAAGCGAAAAACCAAAGGCCAAAGCAUCUAAAAAGAAAACAGAAACCCAAACAAAAGCUAAAGCAGACAAAACAAAGAGCAAAGUGUCAGACAAAACAAAAACCACUACAGCAGAGAAAAAUAAAUCAAAAACAGCUAACAAGACAAAACCUGUAACGUCAGAUAAAAAGAAGAAAACAGGCAAAGCAACUGUUAAAAAUACUGCAAAGCCAAAUAGCACAGAACCUAAAGACUCUACAGCUGAAAACCACAAGGAUGAGUUAUGAGCCUCAUGCAGAAGAGGUUAUGUGUUUGAUUCUGAGUUUUUCUUUUGUUUUGUUUUUAUCAUUGAUAGAGGAGUACUGAUGGGUUUGUGUUUUUGUACAUUGUUUUUAAAGACUCAUGAAUUCGAAACCAUAUCACAGGAGUGCAGACUUGACAAUCAAGUUGACUGUUGUGUGAGUUGACAAGUUAAGUUAAGUUGUCAAGUUGACAGUUGAGUGUUGAAUUUUCUGUUUUACCUGAAUUAUAAUUAAAUAUUUGCUUGUCUCAGGAACCGAAAUACAGCAGUAAAACAUUUCAUACUCCUUGAAAGACUGUGGCAGCUUUCAGAGAUUACAUUUACCACUUUGCAUUCCCACAGUAGUUACUGAAUAAAAGUGACAUCUUUUUAAAUUAUAACAGUGCAGUACAUUUAUAUUGAGUGGUUAAAAACUCACAGGCACAAUGCUCAGAUGUUGGGGGAUGCCAUGGUGAUUUUGCCAAGCAAGACAUGUUCCUUGAUCAACAUCUUUUGUUGAUCCUGGAUCAAAAUUACUGUCCAAAAAUAUAGACUUAACCCAAUACCUAUCCCUAAACCUAACCCUACCCAUAAUGUAUUCCUAAAAUCAGUGGGAAAACCUGAUUGUAAGCCUACAACAGAUAUUUCCUGAAAAAUUAUCCCUCAGUUCUAAUUCGUUGAUUGAAUUGUUGUUCUGGGAUCAACAAGGAUGUUGAUCCAGGAGCAUGUUGUACUUGGUGAAAUCACGUUCACCGUUGGCUCACUCAUCCAUAAAUUCCGUUUUCUACAUAGGAUAUUAAAGUGAUUUAGCAAACUAAAAGCGAGUUCAUGAAUAUGCACUACCGUAACGCUGCACUAGGUGGCAGCAUGGAGCUGAGCGUCCGUUUCAUGCUUUUUCUGAAAUGACUCUCCAAGUACGUUGUUUCCAGCAACA